GUGAGGUCAACCAGCCACCUCGCCCUACAAUGGUCAUGUCUGUCUCACUCUGUCGCCCUCUUCUUCGUCAUAACAAGUUGUUCUAUCGACUCCCCCACUACCCCACCACCCUCACGCUCAUCUCUCGUCACAAUGCCACCAAGACGCAGCACGAAGCAGUCCACCGGGCUGAGUCAGCCGACACUCUCGUUCCAGACCAAGCUCCGGUCGAGCAAGAGCGCCAAAGCGGCCGCGAAGGGCGGCGUGCGCAAGGACGCGGUGACAGAGGCGCGCGAGAGCAGUCCGGCGAAGGACGUCCCUUCCAGAUCUUCCAAGCCCAAGGCAGCGAAGGAGCAGGAGACGAUUGAUCUCAGCGUGGAGAAGGAGAAGGAGGAGAAGAGACGAGUUCUGGAUCCAAAUGGCAAGGAGUGGAAUGCGUUGUGGCGGGACGCAAAGGCGCAGAUGGGCGGGAUGGCUCCGAUCCAUGGCGACAAGGAGAGCAAGGUUGAGAACAUCCUUCGCGUCUUUGACAUGACGUCCAAGUACGGACCUUACGUCGGCAUCACCCGGCUCGAGCGCUGGGAGCGGGCGAAGAAGUGGGGCCUGCAACCACCCGAGGAGAUCAAGCAGAUUCUUCUGACUCAACAAGGCGAAGACGACGCGUUGUACCGCGAAAGCGUCGUCUUUGGGUGGUUGUGAGCCGAGACGAGGACCGAGCACGGCGUGACUAGAUCUGUAGGAUAGUUGUACUGUAGGUAAUUAGAGAGCCGCGUACAGCCGAUCAUGGUUAGUGUAGCUUGGUAGGGUGACCAUCCACCAGACCGAGGUUUGUACCCAACAAUACCGAAAUGCAAGCAUGUGAGCAACA